GAGCUGCUGUGGCUUCUGGCCUUGCUUCUGGUCUCGCUGCUCCUCUUCGUAGCCGAGGAAUCCUCUUGGAAGCGAUGCAAGUGGCUCCUGCGCCAGGCUGUCAAGUCUUUGGCCAAGCGGCCCGCCCUGCUUGAGGUGGUGCUUGGCGUGGCAUCCAUGGUUGAGCACGAUCCGGUGCCCAUGGUGAUCAACCUCACCAUGGAGGAUGAGGUGAAGGAGGAAGAGGAGGACAGCCACAACUUCCUGGAGAAUGAUGAAACUCGCUGGGAUGGGAUGUUGGCUGAACAACUGAUGGUCUUCGGUGAGGAGCCAGCCGUGCUCAUGGAGCUGGCUCCUGUGGCG